AUGGAGACCGCUUCGUCCUCCGCGGCCUGCAGCCUGAGCGACCUCGGGAAGCGCAAGCGCUGCGACCGCGGCGACGAGGCGCCCGUCUUCGUCCAGACGCUCUUCGCCCUCAUGAGCGACGCCGACAAGUCCAUCGUGCGCUGGUCCGAGGACGGGUCGAAGAUGGUCAUCGCGGACCCGGCGCGCUUCGCCGCCGAGGUCUGCCCGGCCUACUUCCGCCACCGCAACUUCUCCUCCUUCACGCGGCUCCUGAACAUGUACCAGUUCCACAAGGUG